GGAACGAUGGCGGAAGGAAGGCUUUGGACGCUCCGCUAGCUAGCCCUCGUCCGUGGCAUUCAGCAGGAGUCGAACGAUCCACUCUCAAAACGCGAACGCUCGGGCAGCGACGAGGACCCGGACAGACGCAGGGAGAAGCUUGCAGCUAUGGCCUCGAUGACAGUUUGCUGCGCGACCUCCGCGGUUGCGGCCGCCCCCGCUGCUUCUGCAGCGAGUUCUUGCACCAGCAGCAGAGCUUCCAGCGUCUCCUUCGCCAAGGGCUGCACCUUGAAGGGCGUCAAGGUUUAUGGCCACAGACAGAGCAUUUCCGUGGCGAAUUUAGAGAAAGGGUUUAGGCGCCUUAGCGUCAGAGCAGAGGACGGUGCCGAGGUUGAGGAGGAGGCCGUCAAGCCUCAUUCUGCUGGCAGCAGUCCUGGCUCCAAAAGGAAAGCCCGAGUUUCAGUGAAAGCACCAAGGAGGCAAAGGGUGACUUUGAGGUUUUUGUGGUUGGAGAAAAAUAUCGGUAUCGCCCUGGAUCAGGUUGUUCCCGGCCACGGGACCAUCCCCCUUAGUCCGUACUUUUUCUGGCCUAGGAAAGACGCCUGGGAGGAACUGAAGGCAAAGCUGGACAGCAAGAAGUGGAUCUCUCGCAAGCGCACUAUUAUUCUUCUGAACCAGGCAACCGAUAUCAUCAACUUGUGGCAGCAAAAUGCUUCCAACUCACUAUAGGAAAGAAAAGUUAGUCCAUUCUUUAAGGUUUUAUUUACUCAGUAGAGGCUCAAAGCUUUAGAUGUAUUUUGGUCACAUCAGGAUCUCCUGGCUGAGCAUUUGAAGAACUACAAUUUUGCAAUCUUCUUGUGUAUAUUGUGUUAAGACACUGUUGUACAACGCAUUCUACACUCAUGUGACAGACAUUGAGAUCCUGUAUGGUAUGUUCUGCGUUAUAUUUUAAACCCAGUUGCCCGUUACUGUGGAGGUAGUUAUACAUUUCAUGACCCAAAGGUGAUUUUUCAGGAAAAUGUGUAGUGGCCGGAAUGUAUUUGUCUGUCUCCUUGGAUUCAGAUUUUCAUGAAUAGCAGUUCGAAAUUAGCUCUUAUCUUAAAAAUGCUCCUGAAAUCAAACCCU